AUGGAUAAAGAAAACCAGUCCACAGUGACUGAGUUUGUCUUCCUGGGGAUCACUCAAGACCCUCAGCUGCAGACCAUCUUCUUCCUGGUCUUCCUCAUUGUGUACCUGGUCAACGUCGUGGGGAACGUGGGUAUGAUCAUCCUGAUCCUAACGGACACUCACCUGCACACACCCAUGUACUUUUUUCUCUGCAACCUCUCCUUCGUCGACCUGGGCUAUUCCUCAGCCAUUGCGCCCCGGAUGCUGGCCGACUUCCUAACAAAGCGCAAAGUCAUCUCCUUCUCCAGCUGUGCCACACAGUUUGCUUUCUUCGUAGGUUUUGUGGAUGCGGAGUGCUACGUCCUGGCUGCGAUGGCCUACGACCGGUUCGUGGCCAUCUGCAGACCCCUGCACUACGGCACUCUCAUGUCCAAGCGAGUCUGCGUGGCUCUCGCGCUGGGCUCUUACCUGGCUGGUGUAGUGAGUCUAGUGGCCCACACCUCCCUCACUUUCAGCCUCAAUUAUUGUGGUUCCAAUAUCAUCAACCAUUUCUUCUGUGAAAUCCCGCCGCUCCUGGCCCUCUCUUGCUCGGAUACCUACAUCAGCGAGAUGCUGCUGUUCAGCCUGUGUGGCUUCAUCGAGUUCAGCACCAUCCUCAUCAUCUUCAUCUCCUAUGCCUUCAUCCUCAUCGCGAUCAUCAGAAUGACUUCCACGGAGGGCCGGCUCAAGGCUUUCUCCACCUGCGCAGCUCACCUCACUGGCGUCACUCUCUUCUAUGGCACCGUCAUGUUUAUGUACCUGCGGCCCACAUCCAGCUACUCCCUGGACCAAGACAAGUGGGCCUCAGUGUUCUACACGAUUAUCAUUCCCAUGUUGAACCCCUUGAUCUACAGUCUGCGGAACAAAGAUGUAAACGCAGCUUUCAAAUCACUCAUUGGGAGAAAACCUCAAUAG